AUAUUUGCACUGAAGUUGUGACUCUCGCAAAUCUCCUCAACUCUAAAACUAAACCUUUCUUUUCUUUUGUUUAUCCAACAAUCACCUGGUAAACUGAGGAAAAUAGUGCAUAUCAAUGAAAGCAAAGUCUGAUCAUGCAUUAAAUUCAUGUCAGAAUCCAUAGAAUUCAUACUGGUUUAUAAGAAAGGCAUUGCAAUCAGAAACUUGAAGUUCCUUCCAAAUUUUUAGCCUGUAGUGUAUGUCAAGAUCAAGAUUUUUUAUUUGCCAUUUGUGCACAAACAUACAUUGAAAUUCUUGUGCCUGGCUCUCUUAUAGUUGAGUAAAAAGCACUUAAUCAAAAUAGGAAGUGAACAUUUUCAAAACACUCCACAAGAGCACUCUACAAAAUAAAUCUGAAUGCUGUAUGUGCAUGCAGUGCUGUGAUUUAGUCACCUCUACAGUAUAAAAGCAUUCCCAAAAAAUACUUUUAUUGCAGGAGAAGGCUGCACGAGGAAGUGGAGAAGAUGUGGAGAAGCUCAAUAUGAUUAGAAAUCGCAAUAAUAAAACAAAAACUAGGAUUUUUUUGGUCACAAAUAUGUCUUCAGGUGCUUUAAAUAUGCCAAUUUUAUCCUUAAAGUCAUCUUAUGUAAAGUUAGUUUGCAUAGAAUGACAUCUUACAGAGUGCUUAAGGCAGGAUUUUUUACUCUGAGGAAGUGAUGGAUGUAGUUUCACAUAUGUCAUAAAAAAAAUAAUGCAGCUGCAGCAGUUGAAUUCUGUGGAUGAAUGCAAAUAAGCAUCCUUUAAAGUUUUCUUGCACUGCUUUAUUUAUUUUAUCAUGACUCUUUCACUGCUUAAUUUAAAAGGUUUUUGAAAUAUUAAUUUGUUAAAGUUGCAACUAGAGGUUUUUUUUCAUUGUUUACUGAUUAUUUCCGUGAUUAAUCGAUUAGUUGUUUGGUCAGAAAAUGAUGAAAAAUGUUCACCAGUGUUUCCUAAACCCAAUAUGAAAAAUGUGUUGUUUUUUCCACAAUCCAAAGAAAAUCAGUUUACUGUCAUAGAAGAUGGAGGGAAAUCAGAAAAUAUUCAAAUUUAAGGAGCUGGAGCCAAAAAAUCCCCUGUUUUCUUCAAAAAUGCUUAAAUCAACUGAUUAAUGAGUUGUUUAAUCUAUAAUAAGUCAGAAAAUGGUGAAAAAUGUCAAUAAGUGUUUCAGAAAGAAAGACAAAUGUCUUUUUCUGUCCACGACCCAAAAAUAAAAGUCAUAAAAGUGGAAUAAAAUCAGACAAUAUUCACAUGUAGGAAGCUGGAAUCAGAGUAUUUUUAAAAACAAAAUACAAAAACCAAUAAAUGUGUUCAUUAUUUGGUCCAUAAAAUGUCAGAAAAUAGUAAAAAUAAAUAUAAAAUAGGUGUGUCCCAAAGCCCAAAAUGACGACUUAUAACAUCUUAUUUUGUCAUAGUCGAAUAACAAAAUUGAAAAUGUUCACAUUUAGGAAACCGGAAUCAUAAAAUUUUGACUUCUUGCAAAUUAGUUAACUGAUUAUCAGAAUAGUUGUCAAAUAAUCCAAUAAUUCACAACUAAAUGAUUAUUCUCUGCAGCUCUAAAAAAAAUAAAAAUCAGACUGCAUUAUAUUUUCUGCAGUAUGAAUUGUAUAUUAAUAGCAUUUUUUUUGUGUGAUUAUGAGGGGAAAAUGCACAUAUUUAUGGCCUUGUGUGUCAUUUCUAAUGCAUUAUGUGUUCCUGGCAGCUUUACACAUUAUAAAUUAGUAAAAUGAAGUGAUGGCUGUAGCACAAGAACAGAAGAUAACAGAAGAAUCCAGAAAAUGUUCAAAUUUUGGAAGCUGGAAUUAGAGUAUUUCUACUUAAUUUUCUUACAAAAUUGCUCAUACAGAUGAAUUGAAUGUAAAACAGAUGAAGAGUAUUGUUAUUUUAACUCCUGCAACACCUCAUUUACAAUUUCAUAGGGUGAAGGAUGGACAAAGAGUUUUAUUAUGUGGAUUAAAGAUACCUGCCUGACUUCACUGAGGCAUUGAAUUAGAUUACAGUCCUUGUUGAUAAGUUUUGGUUGUUCAAAAAAUAAAGAAAAUUUGGGAACAACUGCACCAAAAAAUGAGCAAAAGAAGCCAGAUUUAACUGCUUUCAUUCACUACAUGAGAUUAAUUUCACUUUCACUAGUCUAUUUCUUUUUAAACUUCACUAAACAUGCAUGAUCACUUACAUGUAAGUCCUGAUGGUGCACCUCUGGAGACUGUCAGGUAACCUAACCAGCACUAGGACCCGGUGACAGCAGGCUCACGUCAGCCCUCCUCUUCCAGCACAUCCGCUCUCUGCAGCCACAUUGCUGCUUCCUGCAUUCUGCAUCUGCGCCCAUAGAAACAUGAAACACUAUCAGAGGAGGCAGACAAAGCAGUUCCCUAUGUUUUAAUCUCCACACAAGGUCUCUGUUUACCCCCAAGGCCGACAGAUUCCCACAGCAGCUGGAUAAAACACAGGAAACAGGCACUAAUUAUUAUGUUUUCUUAACUGUCACCUGCUUUCUCCUUUAUCAGGUUACCUACAUGUUCUUCUGAGCAGCUGAAGGUCUGGUUUGAAGGACACAAGUGGAGGAAAAUCACCUCAAAAGAUUGAGCUGCUGUCAGACAGGAUGUACAUCAGUUUUCAGUGAGGCUGCAGCGCCAUCUAGCUUGUAUUCUCAUGAAAAUGUCGAAGCAAUGUCCUGUCCUUGAGUCAGCCACUGACAAGAACUGUUUAAAUACUAGUUUUUUAGUCUUUUUAUGAUCUAAUUUGUACAAUAAAUGAAGAGUAAAAUAAUUUAUUUAAUAAAUUAUGUCAAAUUAAUUACUUAAUUGAAUAUUUCUGCUAUCUGGCACUUCAAAACACAUUUCCUCAAGAGCAAAUUUCUGUAUUUACUUACUAUAAAGUAAAUAAAUACAGAAACGUAUUUGAUGUCUUGUGCUUUAAUUCACUUUGUAGCAACUAUUUUGUGUAGUGUAAAUGUAUUUUGAGACAAAACAUGUUGAAAAAAAACAGAGAGAUACAAAAAAAAGAUUUUAAAAUUCAAAACUCCAGCAAAAUUUGCUGGAUUUUGGUUGAUUUUUUGUGAAUGUUCUUAAAGAAACAUUUUUAGCUUUUCUUUUUUCCACCAAAAAAUAGUCAAACAUUUCACAAAAAUGUUGAAAAAGUGAACAUCAGAAGCUUCACUGUGAUUUUUUUUAUUUUUUUUCCCACAUUUUCCAACCGGCUGAGUUUUGACCCACGGGACCACAUGCAGGUUAAUCAAAUAGUCAAAAAGCUUAAUUUUGGUCUCGUCAGAUAGAAACAAUUUUCUUCCAGUUCUUCACGGGAGUGUUUUGAUUUUAGUUUAAAGUUUAAUACUUUCUACUGACAUGUAGUGGAGCUGACGUGUAAUGCAGCUAAAAUGGGAAUGCACAAGUUGCUAAUUAAUGUUUUUAGUCGGUUUAGGCCUGGAAAUUGAAAGAUGUGACUCUAUAUCAACAGUAGGAACAAUACAGCUUUAGAUUCCCUACACCCUCCCAGACACCACUUCGGAUGUUUUUAGGUGACUGAGGUCAAAAAUAACUCGCAGUGACCAAGCCCCUCUCCCCACUUGGCUCCGUCAAUCACAGGCCAAAGCAAGAUGGCAGGCUGCAGGAGCUGGGUCUUCCUUCUAACAGUUUGUGCUGUCAGUGUUUUUGGGGCCAAAGCAGAGAUCAAAUUCACCAUUCCUGUGGGGAAGCUGUUCACAUACGAACUGAAGAGAGAGACUUUCCAAAGCGAGUUUGAGCCUUUGUCAAAACUCUACGCCGGUCGCCUGUACGAUGACCCCAUGAUUUUUAAAUGCAACAGGCAGUAUUUCCCAGACCUCCCAGAGUGGCUCCGCUUCACCCAACGGCACCCCUUUGAUAACGGAUUCCUGUACGGCACGCCGACGUCUCCAGGAAAAAGUAUAAUUGAGAUCUAUGCCGUCAACAAGCGCAGCUAUGAAACAGCCAGACACAUCCUGGUGAUCAAAGUUACUGCAGAGAAGAUGCUGCCCUACCAGGCCGAGUUCUUCCUCAAGCUGAGGGAGAUUGAAAAGGUGCUGCCCUCUACUGUCCAGACUGAGAUAAAGCAGGACCUACAGAAGCUGUGGGACACCGAGGCCUUGGAGAUAGUCAACAUCUCCAACGCCCUCGACCAAGGAGGCCGAGUUCCUCUUCCUCUGGCGGGACACUUUGAAGGGGUGUACGUGAAGGUGGGCUCGGAGCAGUAUUUCUCAGACUGUCUCCAGAGGGUCCUGACUCCGGAGCACCAGAGGCAGUGCACGGCAGGAGCCAAAGUCAAGGUUCCAGGAGGAUGCAACUUCUGCAGCAUCCCCAGCAACUGCAUCACCUGGUGCAAGACGGAGCUGUUCGACCUGACCAAGCUGGAGCCGGAGCCUCCUGCUCCCACCAUGGGCUCUGGGAUUCUGGACGCCGGGAUCGACUUCGACCCUCCCGAGUCGCCCCCCAGCAGAGACUACCUCCCCGACUACUUGGUGACGGUGAUCGUGCCGCUGAUCCUCGCCGUCAUCCUGUGUGCUCUGCUGGCCUACGUCAUGUUCUGCAGACGAGAGGGAGUUGCAAAAAGGAACGCAAGAACAAACCAGAUCCAGCUGUACCACCAACACACCAUCCACGGGGACACCGAUGAGCUGAGGAACAUGGCGGGAAACCGAGGCGUCCCUCCUCCUCUGUCCACGCUGCCCAUGUUCAACUGCAGGACCGGAGAAAGAGCUUCACCGCUGCAGUCGGACAGCCCCAGCAUCCCCCUCAUCAUGGCCCAGCAUGAUCCCUACAGCGACACGCUGCCCAGGAAGUGAGAACAAUGAUGGAUGAACUAUCUUUGCUCCACUGAGUUUUAUUCAUUUGCUGCCACACUUUAUGCUUCUGUAUUUGCAGUGGAAUUUUAUGUCAUUUCUUCUUUGGGUUUCCAUUAAAAUAAAUUAAUAGUGUGUAAUUUAAAUCGUUAUUUGCCGUUUAUGAUUUUCUGUUUGCAGCCGUCUUCACUCCCAAUAUAAUAAAUAUAUCAUAUCUCA